AUGACUUCACUUGUUGUCUGCCCGUGUGAUAAUUACGUGUGCUGUUCUGUAAACACCGCUACUCGUUUGGUCUGUGUUCUCUUAGAUGUGCAGGCUGCUUGUCAGGAUGCCACUGUCGCACAGGAGCUUCUGAAAGAGGGGUUCCACAGGGACCUGCUGGUGAAGGUAGAACUUGGUGCAUUGGGGGAGGAUGUGGGAGGAUGUGCAGUGGCAGCUAGGACUCGUCUUCCACCAGGAAUCUACGUGGAUCCCUACGAGCUGGCAUCGCUACAGCAGCACAAUUUAACAAAGGCGAUGUUAAUUCCUGAUGUCAUUGAUGUGGAGGCUCCUGAGUACUUAGCCACAGAUCUUCUUGUUCUCCUGCACAUGGAACCUGACCCUCGGUGUUCUCGCUGUUUUAGAGCUGCCUUGCCUGUGCAUGGGCGGUACCACCGGCCGGCAGAAGAGAGUGAGGAUGUGUUGGUUGUUCUGAAGAGCCCAGAAGUACUGAUCUGCUGCUGUGACAAUCGCCUGUCAGCAGAGUGUUGGAAGCCUGCUGAAGUGGAAGCUCCCUGUUCAGGCAAAAACGUCGGCCCCUGUCGUUGGUACAGUGUAACGCACAAACCUGCAUAUGAGGAAUCAAUUCUGCACAUUCCAGUGGGGCUCAGGCAACACAGUUCCUUAGUGUGUGUCGUGACUCUUCUUGCCACGGUGCUCUGCUCCAGUCUGGUUCUUGCAGCUGUGUGCAAAUACGGACACUUCUCCCCAGUGACCUGCUCAGAAUAA